AUGAGCAGCCUGCAGGGAAGCAGUGGCGCUCCUCCAGGUACCCCCUCUAUUAAAGACCUGGAGAGGGUUUUAUAUGGAGGUAAAAGGUUUGGUAACCACGUGGAUGAAGUGUGGCCUCACCUGUUCAUUGGGGAUAUGUCGGUGGCCAACGAUCGCUACAGCCUGUGGAAGCUGGGAAUCACUCACGUUGUGAAUGCAGCUCAUGGGAGGAUGCACUGCCAGGGGAGUCAUGACUUCUAUGGAUCCACUGUGGAUUAUUAUGGAGUGCCUGCAGAUGACUCACCGUCUUUUGACCUCUCUCGUUAUUUCCUCCCCUCUGCUGAGUAUAUUAAGAAUGCACUUGACACGACCGGUGCUCGGGUUUUCGUUCACUGUGCGGUUGGUGUGAGCAGGUCUGCCUCCCUGGUCCUGGCCUACCUAAUGAUCCACCAUCAUUACACCCUUCUGGAGGCGAUCAAUAAGGUCAAAGAGAGCAGGUGGAUUUUCCCAAACAGAGGAUUCCUCAAGCAGCUUUGUGCUUUGGACAUAAAACUGCGCCGACCUCAUGAGUGCACUUCAAAAACGAAUUGAUAUUCUAAUUUGCAGAACCUCAAACGGUAGUUUUCCUCAAGACAAAUGAUAGAUUCGGUGUCUGCCAGUGGAGGGAGAUCCUGUGCUUUGAAUUACGUUGUUUCAGGAAUGCUACUGAGUCCAAUACUCUGACGCUGGCGCUGUGUUUAAUGUGAAUCGUGCCGCCUUUUUGCAAGAUAUUGACCCUCAUGUUAAUAGAACAUCGAUGUAAUCAACUCA